AGUCAGAGCAGAGCAGUAGCCCACGCACAGGUAUUGGGUCAGAUCAGGAGGAUAGCCGAGCUGCCACCAUGGGUAAGGGGCCCGAUGGACUCUCUCUCUCACACACACACACACACACACACACACACACACAUCCAAAUACCAACACACGCUGAAAUAUUCAUACACAUUUACACACUACCAGACAGUGACAUAAGCGUUGAGAUAGUUAUUCAUCCAGUACCCACAGACGCACACAAUACCUUUCACUGUAAUAUUUGGAAUCCAAUAUAUUCCAGGUUGCUAUUAGGCUAAAACAUUAUUUGAAUUGUGUUUUACUGGCUUGCUGAUACUCUUGUCCUUUUCUUGUGAUGUCUCUUAAAAGUGAGAAGUUACUGUAAUGCUUGUUGUAUUAUGUCACAGAACUCUCCAUGGUGACUCAUCUCUGUGUUUUCCAGAUGCUCCUGAGUUUCAGGAAAGCUUUGUGACGUCAGGAGUUUUUAAUGUAACAGAGCUGGUGCAAGUGUCCAGAAGUAAGAUUUUUCACCUUUUUAUUAAGCUACUCGUGGUUUUAAAUAUUUGUGGUUGAAUGGAUGGAUGGGUGUGUGUUGGUGGAAUAACUUAACAAAAAUCCAUAUUUUGUUCUUAAAACGUCAUGUGUGGCUACUUUCAUUAUAACUACCUAUCCAUAACUUACAGAGCAACAUGCUUAGGAGCUGGGCAUGUGUCACAUAAACUAUGGUGAUUAAAGUUCUUACAGCCCUCUUCAGUGAAAUAAUUGCUAGCUCACUAACUCUGGCCCUCAGGCAGGGGGUGGAAACUCCCAGCCACUCUGGCAGUCACACUGCUUCCCUCAGUAGCUGAGCUCAUAGUCUCUACAUUGCUGCCUGUUUCACUGCAAUUCAACGAAUAUCCCCAUCAGAUAGAUACACAGAAAUAGGAAACACAUGGAUGGUAUAACAGGCUAGAUGACAAAGAUGGUAGUGAAUAUCCAGACCCAGGAUUGCGGGAGAUACUAACGUAAUCCAGUUACAGCAUUAAUUGCAGGCAACAUGCAGAGUAAACCUCUCCUUACAGUCUACACCCCAUCAGACACUCUGACUGGGAAUCAGAUCAUAUGGCUUUAGAAUGACGUUUUCUAUGACUUCCUCUUCCUUUUUGUUGUUUUAUCUGUCUCAUUGUGGAUUGUGCAGAUGUCAUAUCCAUUCAGUAGUUUCUAUUCACAUUGCCAAGGCUAUGUGUGCUGUGCUGUGUGCUCUGAGCUCAGUCAUUGGCUGGGGAUGCUGUGCUCACCAGGCCUGGCAUUAGCAGUGAAUUAGGGCCACAUUAACACAGCCCCCACAUGGCCAACCAGCCUCUAAUCACUCUGUAUGAAUAAGCAUCCCCUCCCAGCCACACACAAGCCUCACCAGUCACCACCUGAGACCUCCAUUCACUUACCGUCCAAUCUGACUCGUCAUUUACAUACGUUAUUUCAUUAGGUUUAGAAAUGGAGUUGAAUCAGAUUUGAAAGGCAGCUAAUGUGAAGGGAGCUGAAGGGAGAGAAGCUCAGCCAUCUGUCACAUGUAAUUGGUCACGUUUUCAGUUUUCACAGUGAUAUGCCUUUCUCCAAAGGGUCAGUCUUCAUCUGUCAUUCAGUAUGAGCAACAACCUCUGAUAACCGUACAUUCACUCACACACACAGCUGACAGCUGAUGUAGAAUGAUGUAGCUACAAUUAUCAAAAAACUAAACGAGUGAGUUAUGGUGCAUAGGGAAAACAUUUCACAUUACACCUGUCAAACAGGCUCUCUGUUUUCCAUGUUACACUUGUCUUUUUUUUAACCUUUAUUUAACCAGGUAAGCCAGUUGAGAACAAGUUCUCAUUUACAACUGUGACCUGGCCAAGAUAAAGCAAAGCAGUGCGGAAAAAACAACAACAACACAGAGUUACACAUGGGAUAAACAAAACAUACAGUCAAUAACACAAUAGAAAAUCUAUAUACAGUGUGUGCAAAUGUAGUAAGUUAUGGAGGUAAGGCAAUAAAUAGGCCAUAGUGCAAAAUAAUUACAAUUAUAAUUUAGUAUUAACACUGGAGUGAUAGAUGUGCAGAAGAUGAUGUGCAAAUAGAGAUACUGGGGUGCAAAUGAGCAAAAUAAAUAACAAUGUAAAUAACAAUAUGGGGAUGAGGUAGUUGGGUGGGCUAAUUACAGAUGGGCUGUGUACAGGUGCAGUGAUCGGUAAGCUGCUCUGACCACUGAUGCUUAAAGAUAGUGAGGGAGAUAAGUGUCUCCAGCUUCAGAGAUUUUUGCAGUUCGUUCCAGUCAUUUGCAGCAGAGAACUGGAAGGAAUGGCGACCAAAGGAGGUGUUGGCUUUGGGGAUGACCAGUGAGAUAUACCUGCUGGAACGCAUACUACGGGUGGGUGUUGCUAUGGUGACCAAUGAGCUAAGAUAAGGCGGGGAUUUGCCUAGAAGGGAUUUAUAGAUGACCUGGAGCCAGUGGGUUUGGCGACGAAUAUGUAGUGAGGGCCAGCCAACGAGAGCGUACAGGUCACAAUGGUGGGUAGUAUAUGGGGCUUUGGUGACAAAACGGAUGGCACUGUGAUAGACUACAUCCAAUUUGCUGAGUAGAGUGUUGGAAGCUAUUUUGUAAAUGACAUCGCCGAAGUCAAGGAUCGGUAGGAUAGUCAGUUUUACGAGGGCAUGUUUAGCAGCAUGAGUGAAGGAGGCUUUGUUGCGAAACAGGAAGCCGAUUCUAGAUUUAACUUUGGAUUGGAGAUGCUUAAUGUGAGUCUGGAAGGAGAGUUUACAGUCUAACCAGACACCUAGGUAUUUGUAGUUGUCCACAUAUUCUAAGUCAGAGCCGCCGAGAGUAGUUAUUCUAGUCGGGCAGGCGGGUGCAAGCAGCGUUCGAUUGAAGAGCAUGCAUUUAGUUUUACUAGCGUUUAAGAGCAGUUGGAAGCCACGGAAGGAGUGUUGUAUGGCAUUGAAGCUCGUUUGGAGGGUUGUUAACACAGUGUCCAAUGAAGGGCCAGAUGUAUACAAAAUGGUGUCGUCUGCGUAGAGGUGGAUCUGAGAGUCACCAGCAGCAAGAGUGACAUCAUUGAUAUACACAGAGAAUAGAGUCGGCCCGAGAAUUGAACCCUGUGGCACCCCCAUAGAGACUGCCAGAGGUCCAGACAACAGGCCCUCCGAUUUGACACAUUGAACUCUAUCUGAGAAGUAGUUGGAGAACCAGGCGAGGCAGUCAUUUGAGAAACCAAGGCUAUUUAGUCUGCCGAUAAGAAUGCGGUGAUUGACAGAGUCAAAAGCCUUGGCCAGCUCAAUGAAGACGGCUGCACAGUACUGUCUUUUAUUGAUCACGGUUAUUAUAUCGUUUAGGACCUUGAGCGUGGCUGAGGUACACCCAUGACCAGCUCAGAAACCAGAUUGCAUAGCGGAGAAGUUACGGUGGGAUUCUAAAUGGUCGGUGAUCUGUUUGUUAACUUGGCUUUCAAAUACUUUCGAAAGGCAGGGCAGGAUGGCUAUAGGUCUGUAACAGUUUGGAUCUAGAGUGUCACCCCCUUUGAAGAGGGGGAUGACCGCGGCAGCUUUCUAAUCUCUGGGGAUCUCAGACGAUACGAAAGAGAGGUUGAACAGGCUGGUGAUAGGGGUUGCGAAAAUUUAGGCGGCUAAUUUUAGAAAGAAAGGGUCCAGAUUGUCUAGCCCAGCUGAUUUGUAGGGGUCCAGAUUUUGCAGCUCUUUCAGAACAUCAGCUGUCUGAAUUUGUGUGAAGGAGAAGCGGGGGGGGGCAUGGGCAAGUUGCAGCGGAGGGUGCAGAGCUGGUGGCCGGGGUAGGGAUAGCCAGGUGGAAAGCAUGGCCAGCUGUAGCAAAAUGCUUGUUGAAAUUUUCGAUUAUCAUAGAUUUAUCGGUAGUGACAGUGUUUCCUAGCCGCAGUUCAGUGGGCAGCUGGGAGGAGGUGCUCUUAUUCUCCAUGGACUUUACGGUGUCCCAAAACGUUUUGGAGUUAGUGCUACAGGAUGCACAUUUCUGUUUGAAAAAGUUAGCCUUUCCUAACUGAUUGUGUAUAUUGGUUCCUGACUUCCCUGAAAAGUUGCAUAUCACGGGGGCUGUUCGAUGCUAAUGCCGUACGCCACAGGAUGUUUUUGUGCUGGUCAAAGGCAGUCAAGUCUGGGAUGAACCAGGGGCUAUAUCUGUUCUUAGUUCUGAAUUUUUUGAAUGGGGCAUGCUUAUUUAAGAUGGAGAGGAAAGCACUUUUAAAGAACAACCAGGCAUCCUCUACUGACGGAAUGAGGUCAAUAUCCAUCCAGGAUACCUGGGCCAGGUCAAUUAGAAAGGCCUGCUCGCUGAAGUGUUUUAGGGAGCGUUUGACAGUGAUGAGGGGUGGUCGUUUGACCGCGGACCCAUUACGGACGCAGGCAAUGAGGCAGUGAUCGCUGAGAUCCUGGUUGAAGACAGCGGAGGUGUAUUUAGAGGGUAAAUUAGUCAGGAUGAUAUCUAUCAGGGUGCCCAUGUUAACGGAUUUAGGGUUGUACCUGGUAGGUUCCUUGAUAAUUUGUGUGAUAUUGAGGGCAUCUAGUUUAGAUUGUAGGACGGCCGGGGUGUUAAGCAUAUCCCAGUUUAGGUCACCAAGCAAUACAAACUCUGAGGAUAGAUGGGGGGCAAUCAAUUCACAUAUGGUGUUCAGGGCACAGCUGGGGGCUGAGGGGGUCUGUAGCAAGCAGCAACAGUGAGAGACUUAUUUCUGGAAAGGUAGAUUUUUAGAAGUAGAAGCUCAAACUGUUUGGGCACAGACCUGGAUAGUAUGAAAGAGCUCUGCAGGCUAUCUCUACAGUAGAUUGCAACUUCGCCCCCUUUGGCAGUUCUAUCUAGACGGAAAAUUUUGUAGUUGGGAAUGGACAUUUCAGAAUCUUUGGUGGCCUUCUUAAACCAGGAUUCAGACACUGCUAUAACAUCAGGGUUGGCUGAGUGUGCUAACGCAGUGAAUAACUCAGACUUAGGGAGGAGGCUUCUGAUGUUAACAUGCAAGAAACCAAGGCUUUUGCAAUUACAGAAGUCAACAAAUGAUAGCGCCUGGGGAGCAGGAGUGAUACUGGUGGCUACAGGGCCUGGGUUAACCUCUACCUCACCAGAGGAACAGAGGAGGAGUAGAAUAAGGAUACGGCUAAAGGCUUUAAGAACUGGUCUUCUAGUGCGUUGGGUACAGAGAAAAAAGGGGGCCGAUUUCCGGGCGUUGUAGAAUAGAUUCCUAAACAGAUCAACAGGAUGGGGUACCGUAUAAAGGAACAGUCCAGCAGGCAUCAGCUGUGUAGCUGAGUGAUCAUAAGGUCCAGUGAACAGCAAUAAGUAAGUCCGGGAGCAAUUCAGUGGCUGCUACGUUACAGGCACGGCUGUUGAUUGCGUGUGCUAGCGGGCCGGGGCUAGCAGAUGGAUCUUCGUGGUCGUUGCAACGGGAAGCCUGUUGAAACCACAUCAGACGAUUACGUCGGCAGACCAGUCGUGAUGGAUCGGCGGGGCUCCGUGUCAACACUAGGAGGUCCCGUCCGGUUGACAGAGAGGUAGAUAGCCGGGAGAUGGGCCUGGCUCGAAGCUAGCUCAAGGCUAACUGGGGUUAGCUUCAGGACAGUGGUGAUUAGUGGUGAUUAGCCAACAACGACAACAGCCAUUCGGUUGCAGCUAGCUAGUUGCGAUGAUCCGGUGUUAAGGUCCAGUGAUUCCGGCAGAAAAUCCGAUAUGCUCUGGCUCGAUAGCGCGAUGUGCAGACUGUGCAGACUGGCCGAUAAUUGGACAAUGGUGAAAACCGCUAACGGUGGCUAAAAGCAAGUAGCUAGUUAGCUGGCUAGCUGGCUAGUUUCAGCCAGAGGUUCUGGAUAAAAAUGUAUGAAGAAAUAAUAGAAUCCGUUCCACAUUGGGUGAGGCAGGUUGCAGGAAAGUAUAUUUAGUUAAAGGAUGGAAAGUGAGAUUGAGAAAUAUAUACGGAAAAUACAUUUUUUUUUUUUUUUUUUUUUUACAUGAGGACACUACAGAAAACACGUCCGCACUGCUAUGCCAUCUUGACUGACUAAUUGGAAGUAAACGUAGUUAAAGACUUCAAUUAACCACCUGCCAUCUGGUCUCUCCUGGGAAAAAGACUGCUAUUCCAGAUUCACUCCCUUCACUCCCCAAAUCCUCAGCUGCACAUGAUGCUAUGCUAUAACAACUAUCACCUGCAUCUCUGUUUAUGUGACACAUUCAGAUUCAUAUCACAAACUCCACAACACUUGUAUCAUGUAUUUACGCCAAUAUCAAUGCUUGUGUUUUAAACCCCAAGAGGCGUUGAUUUUAGACUACGUAAUUAGCUUAUUUAACUAAUGUUACUUUUAAGUGCUUUCUACUGUAUUUACCCAGGCCUCAUAUGGGAUGCAUAUCCUAGGAGACAUUAGCCGCCUUUUAGAAAUGAUGAAUUCUCCACUGACCUACUUUGCUAGUGUAAUUAAACAGAGCAGAAUGUGUUGUUAUUACUGCUUUGCAUCACCAUGGCUAUCCAGCUCAACCAUAGAAAUAGAAUCCCACACAUUGAUGUGAAUGGGGAUUCCUUUUCUAAUAAUUAGAUUUCUAUGCGUUCAACCACCUCAUGUUCGGAGUUCCCUCCCUGGUUACUCCUUUUUGGCCAGAGUUUCCUGUAAGGUGCACAUGAAAGACUUUCUACACUGGAGAUCCAUGAAUCCUCCCUUUGUCUUGUGUUCCCUAGCGUCUCGGUACAGUGUGUGAGUCAGGGAGAGAUUGAUCGCCUGGGGAUCUGUAUUGACGCCAUCCCACUGUUAAUAAGCAUACCUGCCCUAACAAAUGGGACAUUGUUCUCCGAGCUCACUGUCUCCCCACGGCUCGGUAAAGUACAGUACACACUAGCGUAGUAUAGUGCAACAACAUCUCUGUCCACUCCAGCCAGAUCACAGCACAGUAGCAGGCAGCCAUUAAUGCACAUGGCCAUAUAAAUGACAUUAGUGGAAACCUGAGAGGGGAAAUGGGGUAAAUGCUGAUAGAUGGCUGCACAGCCCCAGACCCAUAAUGCUACAUCAUCAUGCUCUUGUCCUGAGAGUUGAAGUACAGUAGCAGACUGCAGCUGGGAUUGUCCACUUUUUGUAACCUCUCGCUCAACGUCAACAAAACGAAGGAGCUGAUCGUGAACUACAGGAGAUGGCAGAGAGAGUACGCCCCCAUCCACAUCGACAGGACCGCAGUGGAGAGUCAAAAGCUUGAAGUUCCUCGGCGUGCACAUCACUGAGGACCUGAAAUGGUCCCUCCAGGACAUCGACAGCAGCCGGUGUCACAGCCGGUGACACAGGAAGGCCAAGAAGAUCAUCAAGAACCUCAGCCACCCAAGCCACUGCCUGUUCACCCCGCUACCAUCUAGAAGGCAGAGACAGUACAGGUGCAUCAAAGCUGGGACCGAGAGACUGAGAAACUGAGAAACAGCCAUCAGACUGUUAAACAGUCACCACUAGCCAGCCUCCGCUCAGUACCCUGCCCUGAACCAUAGACACUGUUCUAGCCGGCUAACACCUGGUACUCUACCCUGCACCGUAGGGACUGCUGCCCUAUGUACAUAGUCAUUGAACACUGGUCAGUUUAAUAAUGUUUACAUACUGCUUUACCCACUUUAUAUGUACACUGAGUGUACAAAACAUUAAGGACACCUGCUCUUUCCAUGACAUAGACUGACCAGGUGAUUCCAGGUGAAAGCUAAGAUCCCUUAUUGAUGCCACCUGUUAAAUUCACUUCAAUCAGUGUAGAUGAAGGGGAGGAGACAGGUUAAAUAAUGAUUUUUAAGCUUUGAGACAAUUGAGACAUGGAUUGUGUAUGAGUGCCAUUCAGAGGGUGAAUGGGCAAGACAAAAUAUUUAAGUGCCUUUGAACAGGGUAUGGUAUAAGGUGCCAGGCGCACCUGUUUGAGUGUGCCAAGAACUGCAACGCUGCUGGGUUUUUCAUGCUCAACAGUUUCCCGUGUGUAUCAAGAAUGGUCCACCACCCAAAGGACAUCCAUCCAACUUAACACAACUGUGGGAAGCGUUGGCGUUAACAUGGGCCAGCAUCCCUGUGGAACACUUUCGACACCUUGUAGUUUAGGCCCCAACGAAUUGAGGCUCUUCUGAGGGCAAUUAAGAUGUUCCUAAUGUUUUGUACACCGUGUGUGUGUGGGGGUGUUUGUGUGUGUGUACACAGUGCAUUCGGAAGGUAUUCAGACACCUUGACUUUUUCCACAUUUUGUUACGUUACAGCCUUAUUCUAAAAUAGUUUUUUCCCCUCAUCAAUCUACACACAAUGCCCCGUAAUGACAAAGCAAAAACAGGUUUUUAGAAAUGUUUGCACAUUUAUAAAAAAGAGAAAUAUCACAUUUACAUAAGUAUUCAGACCCUUUACUCACUACUUUGUUGAAGCAACUUUGGCAGCGAUUACAGUCUUGAGUCUUCUUGGGUAUAACACUACCAGCUUGGCACAACUAUAUUUGAGGAGUUUCUCCCAUUCUUCUCUGCAGAUCCUCUCAAGCUCUGUGGGAUGGCGUAUCGCUGCAGAAUGCUGUGGUAGCCAUGCUGUUUAAGUGUGCCUUGAAUUCUAAAUAAAUCACAGACAGUGUCACCAGCAAAGCACCCCCACACAAUCACACCUCCGCCUCCAUGCUUUAAGGUGGGAAAUACACAUGCGGAGAUAAUCCGUUCACCGACACCGCGUCUCAUAAAGACAUGGCGGUUGGAACCAAAAAUCUCCAAUUUGGACUCCAGACCAAAGGACACAUUUCCACUGGUCUAAUGUCCAUUGCUCGUGUUUCUUGGCCCAAGCAAGUCUCUUCUUCUUAUUGGUGUCCUUUAGUAGUGGUUCCUUUGGAGCAAUUCGACCAUGAAGGCCUGAUUCACACAGUCUCCUCUGAACAGUUGAUGUUGAGAUGUGUCUGUUACUUGAACUCUCUGAAGCAUUAAUUUGGGCUGCAAUUUCUGAGUCUGGUAGCUCUAAUGAACUUAUCCUCUGCAGCAGAAGUAACUCUGGGUCUUCCAUUCCUGUGGCGGUCCUCAUGAGAGCCAGUUUCAUCAUAGCGCUUGAUGGUUUUUGCGACUGCACAUGAAGAAACUAUCAAAGUUCUUGACAUUUUCUGGAUUGACUGACAUUCAUGUCUUAAAGUAAUGAUGGACUGUUGUUCCUCUUUGCUUAUUUGAGCUGUUCUUGCCAUAAUAUGGACUUGGCCUUUUACCAAAUAGGGCUAUCUUCUGUAUACCCUCCUACCUUGUCACAACACUACUGAUUGUCUUAAACGCAUUAAGAAGGAAAGAAAUUCCACAAAUUAUAUUUUAAGAAGGCACACCUGUUAAUUGAAAUGCAUUCCAGGUGACUACCUCGUGAAGCUGGUUGAGAGAAUGCCAAGAGUGUGCAAAGCUGUCAUCAAGGCAAAGGGUGGCUAUUUGAAGAAUUUCAAAUAUAACAUUUAUUUUGAUUUGUUUAACACUUUUUUGGUUACUACGAUUCCAAAUGUGUUAUUUAUAAUCUGUGUACGCUACCAAUAAACUUUUAUUUGAUUUUGGGGUGCUUUUCUUGUUACAGAGAAGUACACACAGAUACAACACAAUAUGUUUGCUCACAGAGCGACACAAUUCUUUAGCAGCGAUGUGUGAGUGAGCUUGAGGAUGGUGUUAUGUCAUUUGUGUAGAUAUUUUAGGAUUAUUCUAUAGAUAAUUGAUGUCUAAUUGAAAGUGAUGUACAGUGUGUGUUCCUCCCCUGACUGACCUGUCCCCCCUGUGUGUGUGUUUGUUGUGUGCAGCUCCGGUGGUGACAGGGGCAGGCCCUAACUUUUCUCUGGGAGAGCUGCAGGGGCACCUGGCCUACGACCUUAACCCCUCAGGGGUGGGCAUGAGGAGAACCCUGCCCAGCACCUCCUCCAGUGGGUCAGUACCCAGCCCCGAAACACACACACACACACACACAUGUGCGCACACACACACACCUAGACUGGAAAUGAAUAUACAACAUACACUUCAAAUAGACAAACUCACUGCACAAUACACUCGGUUUGUUUGUACUCUACCCUGUGAAUAAACUCACAUUUAGAGUGAAUGUUAGAAUAUAUUUCAUGUUAACAGGAGCCUUGCAUAAGUGAAUUGCUGGAUGUGCAAACACUUGGGUCGAUGACAGGAGGACUGUAUGGUUGUUUUUAUUGGUGCACAGAGAGCAGUAUCCUGGUGUUGAAAGCACAAGACCUUCACUACAAUAACAAUGGCUGUUCCUCAUGUGACUGCAGGCUAUGUAAUUUAUCUGAGCGUGUGCAACACUGCCAAAACACAAGCUGUGACUUAUUGUCUUAUUUUUCACUGUAAACGUCAAGUAAAGCUGGGACAAACUGAGACCGUAAAUAAACUGGUUUACCUGAGAGUCCUGGAGCUGCUCAGUUUCCUACCGGCCAUCUCCAGGUUGACGUUGUUGACCCACUUGUGUACUGUGCAUGUGUAUAUACUUUAUACACAGUUUUGAGCUGUCAAUGUUUCACAUUGCCUUUCCCUUAUUUCCUCCUCCCUCUCUCCCUCUGUGACAUACAGGAGUAAGAGGCACAAGUCGGGAUCCAUGGAGGAUGAUGUGGACACCAGUCCUGGGGGAGAGUACUAUACCUCUCCCAACUCCCCGGCUAGCAGCUCCCGCAACUGGCAGGAGGAUCUGGAAGGAGGUGAGCAUCCCCUCUGGGCUUCCACACAAUCUCUUAGCUAUUGUAUAGUUUUGACCAAGGACAGUGCUUAUUGCUCGUCAGUUAGUACAAACUCAUUAUGUCUUGCUGAGGACACUGGCUAUCCUCCAACUCUUCAGUAAUUUCAAACGGUGACUCAGUUCUGGUGUCCCUCUUAAAUGUUCUUCAUUACGGGUGUCGAGAAACGUCUACAACUCAUACUUUUCAUAAUCACAGUGGGGAAACAGCUGAAAUAUCAGGCCAUAUGUCACGCCCUGACUCUAGGGAUUUGUAUUGGUUGAGUCAGGGUGUGUAUUUUCUGUGUUGGGUUUGUCUAUGUUAGUUUCUAGAUCGUUUAGAUCUAUGUUGGCCAGGGUGGUUCCCAAUCAGAGGCAGCUGUAGCUCGUUGUCUCUGAUUGGGGACCAUACUUAGGUAGCCUGUUGGCACUAGUGGGGUGUGGGAUCUUGUUCCGUGUUGAGGUAUGUUAUUUGUCUACCUUGGACUUCACGUUUCAUUUGUUGUUUUGUCGUGUGUUUAGCCGUAAAUAAAUAUGAAUGCAUAUCACGCUGCACCUUGGUCCUUCUCGUCCGUAAACGAUCGUGACACCAUACUUUCACUUCAAGUACCUUGAACGCCAUUGACACAGUGCAAAAGAGCAAAUUAUAAAUAUAUCAUGUUAUAAACAGAAAGUACGCAGCUUCAAAUUUCCCAAAUUGAGCCUGAAGUCGUAAUUAAUUCAUGAACCAACAAUUUUUGUGAAAGUCUGCAAAAAGUCAAGUGGCCCAGGAUACCUUGGAGCAGUAUCCACAAAUGCACCGUCGCAGUAGCUACCUUCUUGCUUUCCUCUCACCUCAGGUUCACGAAUCAGUUUGCUAGUAUGGAAUGAUUUUCCUAACAAAGAUAUCUAGCAAACAGCAAAGCUACUGUGUAUCUCUCAUCCAGAUACAAGCAAUCUUUUCAAGAUAAUUGUAUAAAGCAGUAUUUGAAAUAUUGAUAUCGCAUAUGCCUUUCACAUUGUCUUGUACAGUAUGGCCCUCCUCCCCCAACAGCACUGACCAGGUUCUGGUAGAAAUAGGAUGAGUAGGUUACAGCAUGCACAGUUUGGUCCAGUGGUUGAGUGAGUGAGUGUGGGACAGAGUAAGUGGUCAGGUAGUGGGCGUGCUGAGUGAGUAGGGCCUGCCUGGUAAGUGCACUACACGUGGGAUCAUGUGUGUAUGAGCCUCGAGGCAGCUCUCUAACCAUGGGUUAGCAGCAGUAAGUGGGAGGAGGAUCAACAUCUUUACAACACAACCGUUACCUGAGUGUUUAACACACACCGAAAACAUUUUAACACACUGUGUGUUGUUCUACCGGGGGAGUUUCUAGGCAUCCCAUAUGAUCUAAUGCUGUUAAACUGCGGUGGACUCUCCACGCUACACUAAUAGUGUCCAGUGGCCUGUAAAGGGCCCUGGUGGCGUGUCUGGGGGCUUUGUGGUGCUAUUAACCAGAGUGGCCCCGGCUGGGCCCCAGGCUCCAGGAGGGCACCCGAUACAGGUACCUUGACGCUGACACCAGAGCUGUGGAGGUCAACAGAGCAGAGCCGGCCCCUCUCACCCCCAGCCCCGACCCCGUCAGAGGCCCUGCAGGAGUCUGGCCCAACCCUCCUCGUGUCGUGCUCUCUCUUCCUGUCUAGACAGCUCUAAUGAGCUCCUCUUUAACGACCCCUUCGGAUGAUUGCUCUGAGAUGGUGGGGGGGCUACAGGCUGUGUGAGAGGAGGAUGUUUGUGCACCUUCCCCAGGUAGAGGUGGUCAGGGAAGCUUGCCUCAAUACUAGGGGAAGCUUGCGUCAGUCUGCAGCGGGGCGACUGGAUUGGAAAGGUAAUGCCUGGCCUCCUGUAGAGCUGUGGUUUGACCCCUGGCUCAGGUCACCAGCACUACCAACUCUUAGUUAAGGAGGUUACGGUUUAAGCCUCACUUAACCAUCGAUUAGAUUACAACUCAUACUCUGUAGACUUUGUUCAAAAGAGACAUUCUCAAGGUAUUGUAAUGUAAAUAUUAAUAUAAUGUGUCAAUACAGUAGGUAGAUGUGUGGGUUGGCCUAGUCCCUUGAAGACUGAGCUGAGUGGUCAGUCAGAUUAGUGUGAUCAGGUAAUUAGCGUCAGUGCUGUAAUGGCUGCCCCUGCCUAACCCCCAGCACUAAGCCGGACGUGCAUGUUUAUCCUAUGAGCAAGUCUCCCGUUGAACCUCAGCUGCCCCCCUGCCCUCUGACAUUCCUGAAAAGCUCUGAUUUACUCACUCACUCCACUCUGAGACAGAGGGCUGAGGGUGGAGAGCUGGGGUAGAGCAGGGGAAGAGGAAGCUGUCAAAUAAACCUUUCCCCCUCUCUCUCUGUCUCCCUCGCUCUCUCUCCAGCUCUUUCUCAGAAAACAAUUAGAGUGAGGGGUAUAAAUGUAUAAUGUGUGAAAGAGAAUCCUCACUCCAUGACUGACUCCCUCUGUACAGUAUCACAGUAAGAACUCCGCCACUCCUAAGAAGGAAACAAAGAGCUGUGCAAUGUUAAUACCCUAAUCUAAAACAGGCCCGAGCUGGGUGGAGAAAGGGUUCCUCACACACAUUCUGUGUGCGAUAGCAAGCUAAACACAGAGGAGGAGGACAAGGAGGGUUGCACCCUGCCAGUAAUAUCACUGCAACAAAGAUGCAUUUGUUUAGCACAUCUAAGCAACUCUGGUAUCAGGCACUGCAGGCCACUUGGGAAUGUGAGUGAUCUACCUAGGCGAACCGGAUUUGGGGUAGACCUGGCCAAAACAUAACAUUGAUUCUGAUCCUGUUGUUUUGGCUUAAUGAGGAAGUUGGGAGCCCAUGUGCUCACUGCAACUGCAGCACUGAGGACUUACUGGGUCUUGUCAAUGCACCCUGCCACCCUGUGUUGAGUUACUGUAAUUACAACAGCCAUGUAGUAGCAGAUUCAAUUGGGCAAUUUAAAUGUAGGGUCUUUUCAAUAGUCUUCUCCAGACAGUCAUUAUUAUUAUGGGAGUCGCAUCAGUAACACCCUCUGUAUCUCUGUCUCUGUGUCCAGGCAUGUCCCCUGGAGUAAAGAAGACCGAGAUGGACAGCCCGUCUCCUCAAGAGAGCUCCCCACGCCUCGGCUUCACACAGCACCACCGGCCCGUCAUCGCAGUGCACAGUGGUCAGUACACACACUCUUAUGCACAUCACAUUCACAGGAGACAUCUUGUCACUGUUGCCACAAUCCACCCCCCUCACACAUGCACAUCUCCUAGGAUAUGAAUCGUGUUUAAAAAUUUCAAAACAAAAGUCUGAACUGUCAUUUUUUAAAAAUCAGCCCUUCUCCACAGCUAAGAUAUUCCGUAUGUAAUGUCUCGUGCUGUAGGGAGGUUCAACAUCAGCAGCAACACUAUCUACAUAGUUCCACAUUUUGACUGACUGAAGGUAUUAUGCUUUCAACAAGACCAGCUUCCUUUCAGACCAUGCAUUAUUUGAGGUUUUAAUUGAACAUCCCGUUAACACUUUCUGACAGAUAAUUGUUUGUGGAAACAAUGAAGAGUAAUCUAUGAGCAGGUAGUGUUCCCCAGGCAAACGUCUGCUGGAUGAUGCAUGAACAAUUAAAGCCGCUAUUAAAAUGAAUUGGCCGUGCAUCACCAUAUGUCAGCUAAAUUAGCGCAUGGUGCUGAUAGAGUUGCCAUACUAAAUGUGAUAAACAAACUCAUGCAAUAGGUACUGCACGAAGGGAGAGGCGCAAAGACUGAGUCAUUUCAUUACAUAUACACUACCGGUCAAAAGUUUUAGAACACCUACUCAUUCAAGGGUUUUUCUUUAUUUGUACUAUUUUCUACAUUGUAGAAUAAUAGUGAAGACAUCAAAACUAUGAAAUAACACAUAUGGAAUCAUGUAGUAUCCAAAAAAAGUGUUAAACAAAUCAAAAUAUAUUUUAUAUUUGGGAUUCUUCAAAUAGCCACCCUUUGCCUUGAUGACAGCUUUGCACACUCUUGGCAUUCUCUCAACCAGCUUCACCUGGAAUGCUUUUCCAACAGUCUUGAAGGAGUUCCCACAUAUGCUGAGCACUUGUUGGCUGCUUUUCCUUCACUCUGCGGUCCGACUCAUCCCAAACCAUCUGAAUUGGGUUGAGGUCGGGGGAUUAUGGAGGCCAGGUCAUCUGCUGCAGCACUCCAUCACUCUCCUUCUUGGUAAAAUAGCCCUUACACAGCCUGGAGGUGUGUUGGGUCAUUGUCCUGUUGAAAAACAAAUGAUUGUCCCACUAAGCCAAACCAGAUGGGAUGGCGUAUCGCUGCAGAAUGCUGUGGUAGCCAUGCUGGUUAAGUGUGCCUUGAAUUCUAAAUCAAUCACAGACAGUGUCACCAGCAAAGCACCCCCACACCAUAACACCUCCUCCUCCAUGCUUUAAGGUGGGAAAUACACAUGUAGAGAUCAUCCGUUCACCACACCUGCGUCUCACAAAGACACAGCGGUUGGAACUAAAAAUCUCCAAUUUGGACUCCAGACCAAAGGACAAAUUUCCACCGGUCUAAUGUCCAUUGCUCGUGUUUCUUGGACCAAGCAAGUCUCUUCUUCUUAUUGGUGUCCUUUAGUAGUGGUUUCUUUGCAGCAAUUUGACCAUGAAGGCCUGAUUCCCGCAGCCUCCUCUGAACAGUUGAUGUUGAGAUGUGUCUGCUACUUGAACUCUGUGAAGCAUUUAUUUGGGCUGCUAUUUCUGAGGCUGGUAAAUCUAAUGAAUUUAUCCUCUGCAGCAGAGGUAACUCUGGGUCUUCCCCCCCCCCCUACCUUGUCACAACACAACUGAUUGGCUCAAACACAUUAAGAUGGAAAGAAAUUCCACAAAUUAACUUUUAAGAAGGCACACCUGUUAAUUGAAAUGCAUUCCAGGUGACUACCUCAUGAAGCUGGUUGAGAGAAUGCCAAGAGUGUGCAAAGCUGUCAAGGCAAAGGGUGGCUAUUUGAAGAAUCUCAAAUAUAAAAUAUAUUUUGAUUUGUUUAACACUUUUUUGGUUACUACAUGAUUCCAUAUGUGUUAUUUUAUAGUUUUGAUGUCUUUACUAUUAUUCUACAAUGUAGAAAAUAGUAAAAAAAAUAAAGAAAAAUCCUGGAAUGAGUAGGUGUUCUAAAACUUUCGACCGGUAGUGUAUAUAUUAUUUUUUUCCGUGAAUAGUGGUUGUAUGAAAGUCACUGACUGUAGAGAAUGGCACUCAAACUGAAUAAUUAUUUUGUUUUGCAGAACCACACAUCUUUCAAUGUCACUUUUAUUAUCUCAAGCAUACCAUCAUUGUGGAGCAUGAACAAGUACAUUUAUUAACACAUUUUCUCUCUCUGUCCCUCUGUUUUUCUCUCUCUUUCUUCCUCUCCCUCUCUUUUCUCCCUUUCUCUCUCUAUGUGCAGGGAUUUCUCGUAGUCCGCACCCCUCCUCGUCUUUGCACUUCCCCACCACCUCCAUCCUGCCCCAGUCCACCUCCUACUUCCCCCACACCGCCAUCCGCUACCCGCCACACCUAAGCUCCCAAGACCCGCUGAAGGACCUGGUCUCCCUGGCCUGUGACCCGUCCAACCAGCAGCCCAGCCCAGUGAGUCCAGCCCAUCUAACAACUCUAACUAGGGCCCAGAGUUUGUCCUGGUCAGGUCAUGUGGUCAGUAAAACUCCUGACCCUACUCAUUACUCACUGUCAUACUAGAUAGAAGUAGAACCCAGCAUGGCCAGGGCACAACUGAGCCAGCUACCAAUGCUGUCACUAAUUGAUGUGUGGAGAGAGUUGGUCUCCAAUUCACCAUGUUUAAUGUGUUCAUCUCACAGAACCUGUAGUAGUGUGACAUCAUGUUUGGGCCGUGAUUUCAUGGCAAGCUCUUCAGUUUGAGGUAAUGUUAAGGGAAGUUCACUCACUCGGGUAUAUUUCCCAGAGGAAAUGUAUUAUACUUUUGAGUGGUUUAUUCAGAUAUUUGUGUUAUUUCCAUUUGUCAUUUAGAUUCACCUAAUCGUUUGUUUAAUAUUUAAUUCCUUCAUGCUUCAUGUUUUCUAUAUCGUCACCCUGUCUCAGAUGGCCUGGUCCCCUGUGAACAGUAUGAUAUGCCAUUUCAUUCCCAUAUUCUCCCCCACUGUGGUCUUUACUACUGGACUGGCCUGGGGAUACUCUACUGUAGGUGACAUAACCUGAGAGAGAGGCAGCAGCCCACAGCAAUGUAGGAACAUAGUAUACAGCUAGAGUCAGGUUACCCUCACGUAGCUGCUACUCCUCCCCUCUGCUCCAGACUGCAGAAUGAAGCCACCACAACUAUGCGUGACUCUCAGAAUAAUUAACACUCACCAUACUGUAUCUUUAAACAUGACAAAGGAGAAAGGGGCAACAAUUCGAUAGAUCUGAAGCCAUAAAAUCAUUGUAAUCACUGUAUGUGUUUUAGUCAACUUCUUAGAUUAUCGUUGUUCAAUGUAUUGGCUGGCCGGUAGUACAGCAGUGGUGAAUUCCCCGUCACAGAGAGGAAAAUAAGCCCUGAGACUUCCUGCUCUGUUUAGACUCAGCCUGCUGUCCCUGCUGGCCCUGGGACCCACCCAGAUCCUCAGACAUGGUUAUACUCAUUACCAAUAUAUGACACAGACCUGAGAGGACCUGCCACUGCACCACAUGCAAAUGACCCUCCUCCCAGCUUCAAUAAUGCUGGCAUUACAAGCCAGGUUGCUCAAUGAAGCUGCUAUACUGUUUCUGUUUUGACUUGAAAGGAGUGAAGGGGUGGAGGGAGAAGGAGAUCCCUGUACGUCUCUAGCAGUGAUGCUGAGGGUCUGGCGCAGGCAGGCAGGCAGCUCACAGAGGAAAGAGGAGAGACAUUUAUCAGGAGUGCCCCUCAGCAGCAACCACGCUGGGCUCCACUCAGCCCAAACUGCAGAGUCAUUGAAAUUCGCCCUGCUGCAGUGCGACUGCAGCCAGGCAGUCACAAAGGACGAGCGCAUGGGACCACAAUGUAGCUGACUCAUUUGCUCAUCCAUUGUUGUGGAAGACAGUGAGUGUGCACUGCAGUCCUCUCCUCUGGGGAGGAGAGAGUCUCUGAAAGACCAUGCCAGCCAGUGGAAGUGCAGCCAUGGAUGGGUGACUGGUUGAGCAGUGCAGUGCCCUGGACAUCACUCAUUCCCUCUCCCCUCUCUCUCUCUCUCUCUCUCUCUCUUACACACACACACACAAACAUGCUGAUGGAGAGGGAAAGCAUGUGUAUGAGAGAGAGUGAGAAAUAGUUUGAGAGACAGGGACAGUGCAGUGACAUCUACAGUAAUAUAUCAUCUGUGCUGCAGCAGUGAUGCCCCCUCCUCCUUUCCCACCCCCCUUCUUCCACUCCCCCACUAAACAGCUGACAUGUGCCCUCCUCUCUCCCUUCCCAGCUGAACGGCAGUGGUCAAGUGAAGGUGCCCAGUCACUACAUCUCCUCCCAGAUGCUGGCGCCUCCUCCGCCCCCCGGGAUGCCCCGACUGACGCUGCCCUCCGACUCCAAGUCCAGCACCACCACCUCGGACGGGGGAGCCAACUCCCCCACGUCACCCAGUAAGUGGGCCGCUGGUGAGCCUGCUACUCCCAGCCCCUAGGUCUUCAGUGACAAUAGUUUUUAAGUGUAUAGGGUUGUCAUACAGAUCCAUCGUACUCAUUACUGAUGGACUUGUUUAUGAAAAACAAAGCCAAAGUGAUUCAGUACCUGAAGGACGAGGCUAUUGUCUCGCAAUCCUUUAUAAGAGGGAGGAAGGGGGAGAACAUUCAGGCGUUUCCGUGCAACUCCUACUCCCAUCAUCAUUAAUCAUGAUCAUUUCAUUGAGAUACACAGGACAGCUCAAUAUGCUUUACUGAGGACGCUUUAACAAUACCAAUAAAUGACUUUGAUUGAAAUCUCUGCUAAAGUCCUUCACAACGCCAGCUUCCAUUAGUGAUACACUUUCUUAAUCAGUAAUGGAAAGUUACAGUACAAAGUUUGUUGGAUGCUGACAGGAGUCCACUGUUUCAGUUAAAUGAGCAGGGCCCACCUGUUAAUAGAUCAAUUAGUCAGUACACAGAAGAUCACUGUAUAAUUGAUAUCAAAGGGCAGGCUUGUGUCCUCACUGUACUUACUGCCCUUAUUGUUAGCUAUCUUACUAAGUUCCAUUACAUUGUACUGUAUGAUCAAGAUAAGUUAUGACCAACAAUGGUUCUGAUGUAUGGUCUGCGAUCUUGUAUUGCUGCACAGUAUUUCAAAAUUGUGCAUAUACCAUAAUAAGAUGUCAAUUUCAGUUAGUAUCUGAGGCAGGGGAAUUCCCUUGAAAUAACUGUGUGCAUGACACAUCUGCCAUUCUUAAUGAUCUGGCUGCUAAUUCAGUUAACAAAAGAUUAAACACAUGUAUUCAUUACUGCCCAACCUGAUUGACAUAACAAGCCAUUAUGUUCUAAGAGUGUUCUCUCUCUCUCUCUCUCUCUCUCAGCAUACUCAGCUCCUGGGACACCUCCUGCCAACCGCUCUUUUGUAGGGAUCGGACCUCGAGACCCUGGCACACUCUACCAGGCACAGGUACACAGCACAGCUAACUUUACUGUAGAAAAGCAACUUUGAUUUCUCUGUUGUCUGUUACACACUACUUCACUUAUGUCCAUAACUGUACAUAACUCGCGCUCAUGUUCACAUAGCCACCACAGGGAAUGCUACUGAAUUAGUACCAGUUGAUGGAAGGAAUAUCUAUACACUGUAUUACAGUAUAUUAUGUAAAUCACUUGAAUAAUCCUAAUCACUAUGAUUUAAGAAAGUUGCUGAUGUCAGACAUACUGUAUGUAGGCCUCUGCUCUAAUGCUCAUAGCAGCUCAGAGCUGUAAACCCUCUCACCCCCCUGGCUCUGUUCCUCUCUCUGAUAUCAAAGCCAUACGUCUAUGUUCAAUUAUAGAUCUGAGGGCAUUAGCUAGGAUCUGCCUCAGGGUCUGAAUGUUUACAGCCAGCCCAGGACCCUUUUGAUGUAACAGGGCUUUUCCCUGUGUGUGAGAGAUUUACAUGGCCUAAGAAAUGUCUCUCUUGUUCAAGCUUACAUUUACCUCAGAGUGAGAUCGUAGAUAUUCACUGUUAACACUCAUGGCUUUCUCUUCCAUUUAGGGAUAGAUGAGGCUUAAACGUUGAUCUAUUAAGUUGGUCUCACUUACAGUGGGGAAAAAAAGUAUUUAGUCAGCCACCAAUUGUGCAAGUUCUCCCACUUAAAAAGAUGAGAGAGGCCUGUAAUUUUCAUCAUAGGUACACGUCAACUAUGACAGACAAAAUGAGGAAAAAAAAUCCAGAAAAUCACAUUGUAGGAUUUUUAAUGAAUUUAUUUGCAAAUUAUGGUGGAAAAUAAGUAUUUGGUCAAUAACAAAAGUUUCUCAAUACUUUGUUAUAUACCCUUUGUUGGCAAUGACACAGGUCAAACGUUUUCUGUAAGUCUUCACAAGGUUUUCACACACUGUUGCUGGUAUUUUGGCCCAUUCCUCCAUGCAGAUCUCCUCUAGAGCAGUGAUGUUUUGGGGCUGUCGCUGGGCAACACGGACUUUCAACUCCCUCCAAAGAUUUUCUAUGGGGUUGAGAUCUGGAGACUCCAGGACCUUGAAAUGCUUCUUACGAAGCCACUCCUUCGUUGCCCGGGCGGUGUGUUUGGGAUCAUUGUCAUGCUGAAAGACCCAGCCACGUUUCAUCUUCAAUGCCCUUGCUGAUGGAAGGAGGUUUUCACUCAAAAUCUCACGAUACAUGGCCCCAUUCAUUCUUUCCUUUACACGGAUCAGUCGUCCUGGUCCCUUUGCAGAAAAACAGCCCCAAAGUAUGAUGUUUUCACUCCCAUGCUUCACAGUAGGUAUGGUGUUCUUUGGAUGCAACUCAGCAUUCUUUGUCCUCCAAACACGACGAGUUGAGUUUUUACCAAAAAGUUCUAUUUUGGUUUCAUCUGACCAUAUGACAUUCUCCCAAUCCUCUUCUGGAUGCACUCUAGCAAACUUCAGACGGGCCUGGACAUGUACUGGCUUAAGCAGGGGGACACGUCUAGCACUGCAGGAUUUGAAUCCCUGGCGGCGUAGUGUGUUACUGAUGGUAGGCUUUGUUACUUUGGUCCCAGCUCUCUGCAGGUCAUUCACUAGGUCCCCCCGUGUGGUUCUGGGAUUUUUGCUCACCGUUCUUGUGAUCAUUUUGACCCCACGGGGUGAGAUCUUGCGUGGAGCCCCAGAUCGAGGGAGAUUAUCAGUGGUCUUGUAUGUCUUCCAUUUCCUAAUAAUUGCUCCCACAGUUGAUUUCUUCAAACCAAGCUGCUUACCUAUUGCAGAUUCAGUCUUCCCAGCCUGGUGCAGGUCUACAAUUUUGUUUCUGGUGUCCUUUGACAGCUCUUUGGUCUUGGCCAUAGUGGAGUUUGGAGUGUGACUGUUUGAGGUUGUGGACAGGUGUCUUUUAUACUGAUAACAAGUUCAAACGGGUGCCAUUAAUACAGGUAACGAGUGGAGGACAGAGGAGCCUCUUAAAGAAGAAGUUACAGGUCUGUGAGAGCCAGAAAUCUUGCUUGUUUGUAGGUGACCAAAUACUUAUUUUCCACCAUAAUUUGCAAAUAAAUUCAUUAAAGCUCCUACAAUGUGAUUUUCUGGAUUUUCUUUUCUCAAUUUGUCUGUCAUAGUUGACGUGUACCUAUGAUGAAAAUUACAGGCCUCUCUCAUCUUUUUAAGUGGGAGAACUUGCACAAUUGGUGGCUGACUAAAUACUUUUUUUCCCCACUGUAAAUACAAACUAAACACAGUACCUCGAUAUGUCCCAAUGUGGCUGCAGAGCUGAGGCAUUUGGGGCUUGCUGCUGCAUUGCAGUGCUUCCUGCUCCAUAAAAAGUGCAAGUGCACCUCAGUGAGGGGUGUGAUGAUGUAAAGGGAGAGAGGAAGAGAAUGAGAGAGACUGCUGAGCUAGGAGGUGUGUGUGUGUGUGUGUGUGUGUUUUAAGAAUGUAACUUGAGAGGUGAAUUAGAUCUGAAGUAAAAUGGCAGAGUCAGCUCAUCUGGCCAGUAGAAACAUGAAAGAACAUAGGGAUCCUGCACAUGCGAUAAUAACCAACACAUUGUAAUGUAAUAACACAGGGACAAUGCUACACCCCAGGUUACCUUUUCUUUUGUUGUAACCCAUCUCAAAGGUAUAGAGAGAAACUACUUUGUAGUGUUAAUUCUGCCAAUUGUCACGGGAUAUCUAGUCUCUGCUGCAUAGUCCUGCUGCACUCAUAGGGAACGUCUUUCUUUGUCAGAGGAAGUCAUUGUUCCUUUGCUCUGUGUCAUGUGGCCUCUUCUGGGCCUCUGCUCCUUCAGCCCUGCUCAGAGAGAGGAACGAUAGGGAACCAAAGGGUGGGGGGAAUGGAGGGGGCCUUAUGAGCCUGCUCCGGAAUGGUCACGUCCAGGGCUGUCUGGUUGCUAUGGGAAACCAGACA